AUGGAUGGAUCAACGGCUGCUUCACCACGUGCGCCCCAAAUCGUGCCUGACGACGACAAGGGCCUGCCGUUUCUGAAGGGCCGCCGAGCUCAUCCCAUGGAGGGCAAGGUGGAUCUUUUGGCAGACUACGAGAACCUCGACUCGGUGCGCCAAAAGUACAAUGAGUGGGUGUACAAUGAGGUGCCCCUAAACUCAUACACGGUGUUUCGAAUGGAGUAUUCGACCCCAGACCAUAUGGACCGGUCGUCGAGAGUGCAGGUGGUGGGGCCUCUGGCCAAGGAGUGGAUUGAACAACCCCCAGAUAAGGUCAUGAGGUACUACGCCGGUUCUUCUCUAGGUCCCUUCUUCAAGCUCACUUCGAAGGUGUUCCCUGGAAACCCCCUGAAUGCGCUGUCCAAGCCCAAAAAGAUGCUUAUCUCCAAGCUCAACAAGAACGGUGACGAUCUGUUGGAGGAGCUCAUGGAGAUGUACGAUUCCAGUGCGACAGACAUGACUGAUUCUGAGCUCGAGCCUCCUUCAGACCCCCAUUUGCCCUUGGAUGCAAGAGAGGAGGAGGAGUCCGAGGAGUCUGACGUGGAUCCCGAUAGGUUUCUAAGCGCUCAAAGAAGGAAAAAGAGCUUCUUUGGACGCACAAAGUGGGACGAGGUGGGCUCUAGUUCGCGUGACAAAUCAAAGACAUUCAACCACAGUGUCAAGGAACACGGGUCUUUCCAGGGGUCGCGAUUUUCUCGUGGUAGAACAACACCAGAGCUGCCUAGGAGAGGCACAGGUACGUUUUCCGACCAGCUCAACGCCCAGUCUUCUAUUCCUUCUUCCAGAAGAAGAGGAACUUUUUUACGACGAGCAAGAUCAAACUCAAAGGGAAAGGGGAUCAUGACAGAUAGUGACUACGAGGAGGAAAUGGAUCUUCCAGAUUGCAUACCCGAAACAAUCGACAUGUCUGUACCCAUUGUGAAACUUCCUGGAUUUGGUUCUAGCAAACGAGAACAUCCUUCUAGUCCACACACAGCUCCACCUGGUAUCAAGGUCAGAGACUUUAGCGGCAAUGCAGUGAACCACUCUAGCGAAAAGAAGAACGACAAUAGUGACGAUCCGGACGGUACAUCUUACAGGGAACCUGUGGGUGUCAUGUCUCAACAGCCCCAUGGCUCUGCAUUGCAUUCUUUGAGAAAGUACAGUGGGCCCAACCACGAAGCCUCCUCCGAUAUCAAGAAGGAAAAUGGCAUUGGACCACUAGAGAUGCCUCCAAAACUGCAACGUGCAUCUACUGCACCCUACAAUCUGGGCUCUGAGGGUCGUUCUUCCGCCUCAGACGUCCCUCUUUUUACCCAAACGUCGUCUCAAACGUCAGAUACCUCCCAUGCUGUUGGUUCGGUGGGCACGAUCGAUUCAUUCCACUCGGCCGAAUCGAGUUUGGCACCAUUGGAUGCCGUAGGCGAGACAAACAUGUCUGAUGCUGAUAGCUUGUCCGAGGAGUUUGAUUCAGAUCUGGACGCAGACAAUGAGCCUACACUCCGUGGCUAUGACGUUUCGAAGAAAGACCACAAGGGCAAAUCCAUCUUGAUGGCUCCCAAUCGCGCAGAUGUGCUCAAGGGAAAGGGGUUCCAGCAAGCUCCUGCGCCCUCAUCUUUAACUUCUGCUUCCAAGGUGAAGUUUUCUGGUCCCAGUGGUCUCACACCCGGUCAAAAGCUGCGCUGGAAAGAAGAACAGAAGCUACCCGAGCUUCAGGAACAGGAUAGUCUACCUGAGAACGUACAGUUGAUGGACGGAUCUGACGACUUUGGAAACAACGGCCAAAUCUCCGAUGCCACUGAAAAGGUGAUUGAUGAUUCAAAGGUAGCUGAAGCUCCAGAGGGACCUGAAGGUCAAGAGCCUGAUGAGGUCAAAGAAGACGGAGAUCCUACUGUUCCACAUACCGGUCUUCGUCAUGGUAACGAACCGCGGGGUGCUGAAGUCAUGACUCCUGCUACUAUCGCCGCUGCCAAUGCGGGACCUUCUCAGAGUGACUACUACCUUCAGUUUCAGGAAAACUUCAUGAACCGGGCAAAGAAUGUCGCUGGUAAGAUGAAAGACAAGUCUUCGCGUACUCGAGACGCUACGGUCAAAAACUGGAGGUUUUUGAGAGAAAAAUCCGCCGGAGAGAUUGUGCGGAUCGAGAAGAUGUUAGUUAUGGUCAAGACCAGUCCAGCUCUGCAUCUACCUAAAGACUUCAACGAGACAGAAACAGGGGACACUCGAAUGUUGGAACGAUGGAGAGAGUACAUUGUUGUUGCUCGAAGCACAGGUGACCCCUUGAACCCGAUCUCGCUGCAAUUCUAUUCGUCCCGAUCCAUCAAGGCUGUUGAGAAGGUGACCAAGGGUAAGACUGGCGCCAAAAUGUUUCUGACACUUGGCAAGCAUGUCAAUGUGUCGCUGUAUUCAUCUCUGGAUAAGACCAUCGCCCUGUGGUACACCAGCAAGCGUGAGACUGUCAUCUACAUUCUGCGGGCUCGCUCAGCCUACUCGUCCAUUCGGUGGUUUGCAUUCUUCUCCGAAAUUCUGGGUGCCCGACGAGACAAGGACAUGCAUGUGCGAGUGCCUGAUCUGGCUGUGGUUGUAACUGUUCGGGUCUCUUGGCGCAAGUUCCGACUUAUCGACGAGUACAUUUCUAGAAAUCUUAUGGCUGCCAAAAGAAAGUCAGGCCGAGGUGCUGUUCUCACCGCCAGAGCUCACCAAUACAUUACUGAGAAGGCGCUCAAGGCUCUGGCUGAAAACCCACGAUUUAAAAGCACCAUUGAUGACUGGGUGAAUAAUAAGCGAGUCGGUCUUGGAUGGCGUCGAUACGACCGAUUAGAGUGGGUCCAGGGCUUUGGAGAGCAGGAGUUGCAUGGUUCCUGGGCCCUCAACCGAACGCACGACUUGGAGUUGCGUGUCAAAGAACAUUACGGUGACAAAAUCACAAUCAAGGGAGAGGAGUUGGUGGAGCCCACCCCCAUUGAGGGUCAUCUGGUGCGUCUCAAGUCUUGGAAUGGACAGCUAGGAGGCGCCUUCUCCUCCAAAAAGAACUCGUUCGGUAAGCUUCUUUACAAGAACCUGUACUUUUCCACCCAUGACUACUUUCUUUUCUUUGCCAAGCCCGGCAAUGCCAUUCUUCCUCUUCCCGACGAAGAUCUCAAAUGCCAGGAAGCCUACAAUGAGGAACAGCGGGAGUGGGUGUACGAGAUUGCCCCGUUCAAGUCUGAGGAGGGCACCGGUGAGAUGAAGGGCACUCCUAUCAUCAAGUGGCUCAAACCAGGUAUCACCGAGUCGGAGUUUCAAAAGAAGGAUUCCAUUGCUCUGCACAACAUGCAGAGACGGGCCGCUCAGAUAAUCAAGGCUGAUGGGUUCAUCAACCUCCUUGAAGUUGUCCAAGUUCGUGCUACCAAACGCCAGGAGGACAUCGACGACAGUAUUGGUAACGAAGACAACAAUGUGGACUUUGACGGCUCUCGAAUUCUCCAUGGAAGCACGUCUCAGGGCCUGGGAGGAGAAGACGGCGAGGUUGAUUCUUUCGACGAACACAAGACGUUUGAGUUGGUGAUGGAAAACGGUCUUAUCGUGCGUCUACAGGCCUACAACUCGCACUGUCGAAACUUGUGGGUCAACAAGCUCAGGGAUCUCAUUGCCUAUUGGAAAGUGGUGGCCCAAAACCAGCUGCAAGUAUCUGCCGACUUCCGAACAAACAACAUGAAACGUCUCUACAUUGACGAUAAGUUAGAUGCAGCUAUUGGAGAGUCGUCUCCCAAGUGGGAAACCGCCCGUGCUUCAGCCUCUACUACGCUGUACAAUGUUUCAGGUAUCUCGUGGUCCCGUUCAAUCAUCAUGAAGGGUAUGCUGUACCAUAAGACACGGACCCAUGGCUCAUUCAAGUUGUACUACGCGGUCCUGUGCCAUGGACAUCUCAUUCUCUAUGACGUUUACAGACGAACGCUCGGAGGUAUCCCUAUGGACAAGGUGGACUACGAGAGAUUCAGAGACAUCCCUCUCAAGGAGGCCUACGUGUACUCCGGCAACAUUGCGGAGUCAGAUAUUCUGACCCGCGACGAAAUGAGCGAUCUCAGCUCGGACAAGGUGGUACCUCGCAUGUACAAGGACGGGUGGAAGUCUGCCGAGAGUGAGACUCUGCGAUGCAUCAUUUUGUGGUUCCCUCGAAAGAAGGCCGUGACUACAAAUUCUGCCACCAAGCUGCGAACCGUCAAUCGACUGGGUGUCAGUGGCCAUCGGUACAUUUUUGUGGCCCGUUCUCGACAGGAGAAGGAACAGUGGGUUAUGGCACUGUCGCAUGAAAUCGAAAAGCUGGUGGAACCGGAUUUUGCUGAUAUCAACAUUGUUAAUUAG